UGUACAAAAAAAUUCAGUUUCGAAAAAAUAUUUGCUUUAGCACCACAUACUGUAUAAAUUCCUUAGCACUCGUCAUUAUUUUAGCGUUGUUUUAAUUGCUUAAAUUAAUAAAAAAUUCAAAUUAAAAUAGAAUAUGAAGUCAGAACAUCGUUUUACCGGUCGUGCGCGUGCCAGUUUGCCACAAAUCGUUUUGCGUGUGCAAUUAUAUGAAACAAAUUUUACCGCUGUGGAAGUGGCCGCCUUAAGGGCUGCUUGGACUUUGAUUGAGCCCAAAAUUAAGAAGAUCUCCAGAAAUAUUGCUUUCGAUGCCUAUACGGAUAACCCGAUAUGGGUCGAAUUCUUUCGCUUUGAGAACAAAAUCGAUGGUAAAAUUAUGAUACUCAAUCCAUUAUGGCUGCUGAAUAUUUACGGCGAUAUUAUAAAGUCCAAUUUGUGCACGAAUUACGCGGUCGCCAAAAUAGUGCGUCCGAUCUUGGAAGCGCAGUUGAGUCAAUUUCUGCCAAUGCCACAUCUGGCGUUUCUGCUUGAGUAUGUGGAGCGCGGUAUAUACAAUGAACUGAAGGAUCAUUUGUCACCAACAACAUAUUCGGGUUUUGAGAAAUUGUACAAAACUAUGCUCUAUUUUUUGAGGUUAACAGAGCAAAGGAGUGUGGUGUUAUCGACAGCAGCACCGUGGGAACCUUUGAACUGACACUAGUAUGAGUUAUUUCAGGGAGAAAUUAUUUAUGUAAAAAUUCUGGAUUCGAAAAAGAUAAAAAAUAAAUAAAAUUACAAAAG